AUGAAGCCCGACUUUCCUCUAACUCCCAGAGCGCCCAGUACACUUUUACUACCCAAACUAUCCCUUGUGAUUUGCUGCAAGCUUUCAGAUACAUCCCGCGGGACAUUUCUCCCCAAACCUUUGUAUGCAUGCACCCCAACUUCCGAAGCCACUCACCCCUCCUGCAAAGCCGGCCCCCCACCUUUCCAGAGCCACCCCCAGCUGCAGCCCUCCCCGAGCCCCGAGCGCGCCGCCUGUUUAUUCAGCCGGGAGUCCGGCACGCGCCAGGCGCACGCACUGCAACAACAAACUCCGUUGAAUGGGGAGUUUGCAAGGAGCGGGCUCUCAGAACGGGCGGGGGGGGGGGCGGGUGUUAGGGAGUUGGUCUUGUUGAGCGUCCCUCCUCACGCGCUGCACACCUUGCGUCCCCGCUUUUUCCAAGCUCGCUCGCUCGCUCGGAUCCCGCGACUGCUUGGCCGCCGCUGCGCGGAGAGCUCUGCCGAAAUGGAAAGCGGCGGCGCCGGCCAGCAGCCCCAACCGCAACCCCAGCAGACCUUCCUGCCUCCCGCAGCCUGCUUCUUCGCCACGGCCGCAGCAGCUGCCGCGGCAGCAGCGGCGGCGGCUCAGAGCGCGCAGCAAAAGCAACAGCAGCCGCAGCCGCCGCAGCAGCCGCCGCCGCCGCCGCAGGCGCCCCAGCUGAGCCCGGCCGCGGACAGCCAGCCCUCAGGGGGCGGUCACAAGUCAGCGCCCAAGCAAGUCAAGCGACAGCGCUCGUCGUCGCCCGAACUGAUGCGCUGCAAGCGCCGGCUCAACUUCAGCAGCUUCGGCUACAGCUUGCCGCAGCAGCAACCGGCCGCCGUGGCGCGCCGCAACGAGCGCGAGCGCAACCGUGUCAAGCUGGUCAACCUGGGCUUCGCCACCCUGCGGGAGCACGUCCCCAACGGCGCUGCCAACAAGAAGAUGAGCAAGGUGGAGACUCUGCGCUCGGCCGUCGAGUACAUCCGCGCUCUGCAGCAGCUGCUGGACGAGCACGACGCGGUGAGCGCCGCCUUCCAGGCGGGCGUCCUCUCGCCCACCAUCUCCCCCAACUACUCCAACGACUUGAACUCCAUGGCCGGGUCGCCGGUCUCGUCUUACUCCUCGGACGAGGGUUCCUACGACCCCCUCAGCCCCGAGGAGCAAGAGCUGCUCGAUUUCACCAACUGGUUUUGAGGGCGCUUGGCCUGGUCAGGCCUGGUGCGAAUGGACUUUGGAGGCAGGGUGAACCACACAACCUGUGUCUUUAGUACUUUUUCAUCAGCCACGUUGGAAGGGAGAGAGAAAAAAAAAAAAGAGACGAAGAAAGAAAGGGAGAGGAAAAAAAAACAACAACACAGAGGACCAACCAACCC